CGCCCACACAGGAACUACAGUUCAAAUAGUUUACCUCCAUAGCUCUACAUUUAUAUCGCUGUGUAGCCAUCUCUUGUUUGUUUCUAGUAGCUUUCGUAGUCGUUUUGAUCAGUGAUCGCCACCUGAAGUGUGAAAAUGUCUACUGAAAAGAGCUUCGCCAAAGGAAGUGCUGCACCUGGUCCCAUCCCCAAAGGCUCCAUCCGACUUUACAGCAUGAGAUUCUGCCCUUUUGCCCAGAGGACCAGAUUAGUGCUUAAUGCCAAAGGGAUCAAGUAUGACACCAUCAACAUCCACCUGAAGGAAAAACCAGAGUGGUACUUUGAGAAGAACCCUUUGGGUCUUGUCCCGACACUGGAGACGCCUGCUGGUGAGGUGAUAUACGAGUCUUUUAUCACCUGUGAAUACCUGGACGAGGUUUACCCCGAGAAGAAGCUGCUUCCUUCUUCUCCUUUUGGUAAAGCUCAACAGAAGAUGAUGUUGGAGCACUUUUCCAAGGUUGUACCAUACUUCUACAGGAUCCCAGGAGGAAAGUUUAAAGGCGAAGAUGUCUCCCAACUGGAAACUGAAAUGAAAGAGAAGUUGGCUAAACUAAACGAGGACCUUGUUAAGAAGAACACGAAGUUCUUUGGAGGUGAUUCCAUCACAAUGAUUGACUACAUGAUGUGGCCGUGGUUUGAGAGGAUCGAGGCUUAUGAUAUGAAAGACCUCCUGGACAACACACCUGAACUGAAGAAGUGGACAGAACACAUGUCAGAGGACCCAGCCGUCAAGGCCACAGCGUACAGUUUGGACACCUACAAGGCUUUCCUCAAGUCUUAUGCGGAAGGGAAUCCCGACUUUGACUACGGCCUCUAGAAAGUAGCCAUCAGCGCCACAUUUAUAGCCAUGAUUCAGGUCAGGGGCCUCAUCAAUCAAUCAGUCGGUCACCCAACUUUAGUAAGGAUCAUAACUUAAGCAGAGAACCUACUGAUCUCAUCUGUAAGAUGAUGAAAAGUGAUUUUUAUUUCAGUUUCUAAUCACACUGCCAAUAAAACUUCAUGUUUUAACUUGUAAUCCGAAAGUGACAGGAAGUGAAUUGUGUCAAAUUUUAAGGGACCAAUCAUGGCUUCUCUCCCGUUUCAGAAAGUUUAUUUCUCUCUUCUAAAACUAUCACUUCGUAAACUCUCAUUUGUGAUUGUACUGCACAAGAUAAAAUCUUAAGGCUGUCCAGUUUAAGCUUGUUUGAUUUUUACUGAUUUGGUGUGCUUCAAUACGCCGCCUUUUUUUAAAUAAAAAGAUACUGAUGACUCUGAA